AUGUCAGCUCCGUUAGAUUCUUCCAAAUUGGAAAUAAACAAAACCACCAGUCCUAAAGAUCCGUUACCAAAUUCAGAAUUAAAAUUUGGUCAAUCUUUUACUGACCACAUUUUGGAAAUUGAUUGGUCGGCCGAUUAUGGAUGGCAUACACCAACUAUUAAACCAUACCAUAAUUUCUCAAUGGACCCAGCAACUUGUGUCUUGCAUUAUUCAUUUGAAUUAUUUGAAGGUUUAAAGGCAUAUCGUGAUUCCAAAGGUCAAAUUCGUACAUUCAGACCAGAUAAAAACAUGGAAAGAAUGAAUAGAUCAGCUAAACGUGCUGCAUUGCCUACUUUCGAUGGUGAGGAAUUUUUGAAAUUAGUUGACAAGUUUCUACUUUUGGAAGAAAGAUUUGUACCUCAAGGGAAAGGAUUUUCAUUAUACUUGAGACCAACUUUAAUUGGAACUUCUGUUGGAUUGGGUGUAUCUGCUCCUACUAAGGCCAAAUUAUACCUUAUUGCAUCACCAGUGGGACCAUAUUUCGGAUCGGGAUUCAAACCAGUUUCUUUAGAAGCUACUGAUUAUGCCGUACGUGCUUGGCCUAAAGGUGUAGGUGCUUAUAAAUUAGGUGCCAAUUACGUCUCAUGUAUUGAACCACAAACAGAAGCCGCUAAACGUGGUCAUUCUCAAAACUUGUGGUUGUUUGGUGACGAUGGAGAAAUCACUGAAGUUGGAGCCAUGAAUGUAUUUUUCGCAUUCAAGACUGAAGACGGUAAAUCUGAAUUGGUUACUCCUCCAUUAGCAGGGAUGAUUUUACCAGGAGUCACUCGUGAUUCAACUUUGGAAUUAGCUAGAGAAAAAUUGGGUGGAGAUAAUUGGGUCGUUAAUGAACGUAAAUUGACCAUUCAUGAAGUUCAAGAAAAGGCUCAAAAGGGUAAAUUGAUUGAAGCAUUUGGCACUGGAACUGCGGCCAUUGUUGCUCCAAUUAACAAUAUUGAAUAUCAAAACGAACAUAUUGUUGUCCCUACUGUUGCUGGUGGUAGUGGUGAAAUUGCUGCUAAAGUAAAUGAAUGGAUUCAAAACAUUCAAUAUGGUGAUGAAGAAUUUAAAGAUUGGUCAAGAGUAGCAAAGUAA